CAUUAUUAUGGACUUGCAAUUUCUUGAAAGCGCGAUGGUAGUUGCAGUCAUGUGUUCUCGAGCCAGUAUGCUUGCUCCCCCUGAGCACUUAAAGUCUUUAGCUUUACAAAAAUCAUGGUUCUGGUUUCGAGAACUGAUAUAUCUGCUUUUUUGCACGUUCAUCUCCAAACCAUGGUGUAUGGGAUAUAUCCUUUUCUUCACCUGGUACCAUUUCAUCGGUCCAAGCUUUGGAGCUUCUCCUCACCGCUCUAACAGCUAAGUGCAAAGGCAAAUUUACCAGCUGCUAUCUAUUUGAAGCUGUUAUGGAUAUCUGACAGGUUUCAGAGGGAAGAAAGGUUUCUGCCAAAUGUUUCUUGAAACUUUGGGGGAGAUUCUUACCUUGCAUCGAAUGCCACCGCCACAAGCCCUCAAGGCCACAACCCAUAGAAGAAGCCAUCUUAGCAUCUUGCAAAUGGACACCAAUUCCAUUUCCAUCUCUUUUCUUUUCUUUUCUUUUCUUUUCUUGCUUGUUUCUGCUUCAAUCCCAUUUCGUCUUCUUCCUUCAUGGAUCAAGGUGUUCGCUUUCCAUGAUCUAUCUGCUCCAGCCAUUUCAAGAUCGCCGCCCGGCUAGUUAAUCCAUCCGACUAGCACGUCCGCCAUGGAGGUGAGCCGGGCAGCCAUACGCGGCAUCAGGGAGAGCCUCAGCACGGUGCAGGGCAGCCUGCUGCGGCUGGAGGUGGUCGUGCUCCUUAGCGCGCUCAUCCUCGCCGUCCUGGUGCUCUACGGCUCCGCGAACCGCCGGAGCAGUGACAAGCUCCUCCGCGGCGCCAUGUGGAUGGCCUACUCCAUGUCCUACGUGGUGGUCUCCUACGCCGUCGGGAUCAUCCAGGACGGGCCCUUCCGCGGCGAGACGUUCGUGCUCUGGGCGGCCGCGCUGCUCCUCAUCCAGGCGAGCGCCUACUCGGCGCCCGUGCACAGCCGCCGCGACGUCGACCAGCGCAAGAAGCUGCUGCUGCAGCACGUCCUCCAGACGGGCCUCGUGCUCUGGCUCAUCGUCAACGCCACCGGCCGGAACGCCAGCUACCGGGCCGCCAUCUGGGCGUUCUGGGCGCUCAACGUGCUCAAGACUGCCGCCAAGAUCGCCGAGAUGAUCCAGACCAGCCGCCCCGACAUGUCCGUCAAGGUGGUCGCCGAGUACAUGGCCGUCGAGGGGGACCUCGCCCCUGACGAUCAGCCUCCUGACCCCGCCACCAUGCGAGGGUACAGGUACAUCUUCCACGGCGAGGAGAUCAUGGAGCCGGUCAUCCACGAUGGCGGCCACCCCGCCCGGGACAACAUGCUCUCCCAGAGCGCCGCCAAGUCGGUCGUCACCAUCGACCAAGUUUACCAGUGGAUCAACCAGCAGCCGUACAGUGAUUUCGAGAAGGACAGGGCCAAGGACUUCUGCCUCGCGUUCGCCCUGUUCAAGCUGCUCAAGCGGCGGUUCUACGGGUACGUUCCGGCGGAGGCCGGCUCCGACAAGGCCCGCAACCUCGUGUUGACCGGGCUCAUCCACGCUGGCGCCACCGGCCCCGACGCCGCCUUCCGGGUCGUCGAGGCGGAGCUCUCCUUCCUCUACGACUUCUUCUACACCAGGAACAUCGUGCUGGUGGGUGCCAAGACGUACAUCUGCAUCGCCGUCGCCGUGGCGGGGCUGACCAUGUGGACGGCCUUCUUCGGCACGCUCGGCCCCGGCUACCACCGCCCCCACGUCGGCGUGCGCGACCUCGACCGCUCCGUCACGAUGCUCGUCGUCGUGAUCACCGCGGGGCUCGAGGUGUUCCAGGCGGUCGCCGGCUUCGCCUCCAACUGGAGGUACGUCAAGACCGUGUACCGGUGCGUGCGCGACGACCGGCCGUGGUCGAAGCGGCAGCGGAGCCACAGCCACCUCUGGUGGAAGGAGAGCAUCACGCCGCCGGAGACCAAGUACUGGGAGGACAAGGUCGGCCAGUACGUGCUCCUGAAGCGGUUCCACCACCGCCCCUGCAACCUGCUCUCGUGGCUGACGCUCUACCUGGUGGAGCCGCGGCGGCAGGGCCAGAAGCGGGGCCGGAGGAAGCAGCUGCCGCCCGAGGUGAAGCGCGCCGUUCUCCUCUGGCUGAAGCAGAGCCACUGCCAGCUCAGCAAUGGCGUCGCCACCCUGCGAAGGCACCAUCUGCUGCCGCGCCUGGCGUGGGCGUGCAGGCUUCCCAAGCUCACCGACCAGAUCCUGGCGUGGCACGUCGUGACCACGAGCUGCGACUGGGACUAUAGCGGCCGUCCGGCCGGCCGCGCCACCGCCAGUGACGAGCACCACCGGCUCAUCGCGACGAAGCUCUCCAACUACUGCGCCUACCUGGUGGCCUUCGUCCCGGAGAUGCUGCCGGACCCGAGCUACAACACCGAGCAGAUCUUCGACUCGGCGGUGCAGCAGGCGCGGGACCACCUCGACGGCUGCCGGACGGUGAGCAGCCUACUGUACAGGCUUGGGGAGAUAGAGGCGGCGGAGCUGCCGCACCUGCAGGAGGGCGGCACGUACGAGAGAGCGGGGGGCGCCACCGCCAUCGAGCGGGCGGCGGUGCUCUGGGGCCAGCUCAGGGCGGCCGUGCCCGCCGACGCGCGGCGGUGGGAGGUGCUGGCCGAGUUCUGGAUAGAGCUCCUGCUGUUCCUCGCGCCGUCGGACAACGUGGACAUCCACGCCGAGAUGCUCGGCGCGGGCGGCGAGUUCAUGACGCAGCUGUGGGCGCUGCUGUCUCACGCUGGCGUCCUGGAGCGACCGCCGGUCAUGCAUCGGCAAUGAUGGGCCGAGUAGCUUGAUUUCCCCGUCAGUAAUGCGGUGAGCAGCUGAUCAAUUGGAAGGGCAACUGGGCAAAUCCAAAAUUCCUACGAUAUUCUUGCAUUCUAAAAGGGCAUAUCGAGUCCAAAUUUGGGUGUUUUUGAAAGCCCAAAACAUGCUAAUUGUGGGCUAUCCGAUCCAGCUGACCUUUUUACCUAAUAGCCCUCCUUGUGGAAAUAUUCCAUAUCACGCGCGCCGUCACAUAAGGUGGAAUAUUUUUUUCACUAUGCUAAAACA